AUGGAGCUUGGUUUGAAAUUAUGGUUGGAGUUGAUUUGUUGGUCGGUUGUUGUAAGUCCUGAUCGAAACAUCUUGCAACUUGGUUAUAAGAGAGGCCCACAACAUUUUGAUGUAGUCUGGUUCUGGGAAAGUUGGGACGACAAGUCUUUUGUUUCUAGAUUUAAGUGUUCUCUCUUCUGUCUUCCAGAUCCUUGUGGUGACGGUGGGACCCUUUUGCUGAUUCAACUAGGAUUAGGAAGCAUGAUCACUUUUACAAGAUCUUAUCCUGCUGCUCUAAAAAGCAUGUUGACGGGGGUCGUUGAUUCAACUUGGAUUGUUGCAACGCAAGUUGAUCCACUAGCGACGCUAACUCCUUCCUCUCUACAAGACAAAACUACGGAUAUAGCAACAUCUCUUGUAGCACAAGACACGGAUGGUUCUACAACUCUUCUCAACAAGAAGUUGUUUUACUUGGAAAAAGCUAUAGCUUGA